AUGGUUUUUAAGUCUUACUACCAGUGGGCUACUCUCGCCCUGGCUGCGACUGUUGCUGCUCAGACUACCACCAGCUGCAACCCUACGAAGAAAACUUGCCCAGCAGACACCGGCCUGAACAAGUACCGUCUGAACACAGACUUUACCUCUGGAUCUCUAGGUCGCUGGAACACCACCGCCGGCACCGUAACCAGCACCGACCUCGGCGCCAAGUUCACCGUCUCCGAGCAGGGUGACGCCCCGACAAUCGAAAGCGAAUUCUAUAUCUUCUUCGGUCAUGUCGACGUCAAGAUGAGAGCCGCAAACGGCACCGGUAUUGUCAGCACCUGGAUCCUAGAGUCUGAUGAUCUCGACGAGAUCGACUGGGAACAAAUCAGCACCUAUGAUACUGAAAUCCAAACCGACUACUUCGGAAAAGGCAACACAACCUCCUACGACCGCGGCACCACCGUAACCGUCUCAACCCCAGAAGAAACUUUCCACACCUACUCAAUCGACUGGACCUCAGAGCGCAUCGAAUGGCUCCUAGAUGGCGAAGUCGUGCGCACACUCGAAUACGCCGACGCCGUCGACGGCACAAACUACCCCCAAUCACCCAUGCGCAUCCGCAUCGGUAUCUGGGCCGGCGGCGACCCGGAUAACUCCGAGGGCACGAUCGAGUGGGCCGGCGGCGAGACUGAUUACACUCAAGGUCCUUUCUCCAUGUACGUUGAGUCGGUCGAUAUCAUCAACUACAACCCGGCUUCCGCGUACAAGUACACCGAUAAGACUGGCGACUAUACAAGUAUCAAGGCUACCAACGCUACUACCUCGACUAACUUGAGCUCGUCGAACUCGAGUUCUAUUAUUGCUUCGAGUAAGACUUCUACUUCAAGUAAGACUUCUGCUUCGAGUAAGACUUCUGCUUUGGCCAAGGUUAGCUCGUCGUUGGUUGCUUCUUCGUCGGCGUCGGCUUCGGCGGCGGCUUCUUCUAUUAGCUUUGUCUCUGCUGCGCCGGUUUCUUACUAUACUUCUAUUUUUGCCAUGGUUGUCGGCUCGCUUGUUGCUGGCUUGAUUCGAUUUUAG